AUCACAGCCAAACAGCCAAACAGCCACACGGCAGCGGUGUCUCCAGGGCUUGCAGAAAAGACACAUUUUACAUGAUCAUUUCAUUAGCUACAAAAAGAGAUCUAUAAACUAUUCACUGACCAGCAAAGUCAAUCUUCAUUCCAGCCAUGCUUGAAUUCGCCCCAAAUCCUCACGCCCGGUCAUGAAAUUGUAUCCAUCUAAAGUUCUAAACAGCAAGCCAACAACACAAAAAGUACGACACAAAGUAUUAGCCAAAAAUAUUCGAAUUUCUUCGGGAAACAUGAAUGGAUUUAACUAAAUUUCACCACAUAGAAAAGAAUGAAUUUAGCGAAAAUUCACCACCAUAGAAAAGAGAAUGCCCGGGAUCAAACCGAAGAUUCGAUUCCCAAUCCAGCGGAGAGAUUGGGAAGAACAAAAAACCUUUUCAUGAUUCCCAAUCCACAUCAAGUAGGAAUAUUUCUGGUAACUGAAAGAGGUCAAAUAAAGGAGAGGGUGAAACGGCCGGCGCCAUCCCAAGUCGUCUUCCUCCUUCGCUCAACCCGCAGAAGAACACAGAUUCGAAGAGGCAGAGGCGGCGAAGAGACGCGCGAGCCAUGGGCGUCACCAAGGAGGAUGUCGAGGCCGCCAUCACCUCCUCCCUCAGCCCUUCCAGCCUCGUGGUGACGGAUACUUCCGGCGGGUGCGGCGCGAGCUACGAGAUUGAGGUGGUGUCGGAGAAGUUCGAGGGGAAGCGGCUGCUGGAGCGGCACCGGAUGGUGAACACCGCGCUGGCGCCGCACAUGGCGGAGAUCCACGCCGUCUCCAUCAAGAAGGCGCUCACCCCUGCUCAGGCGCAGCCCCAGCCGGAGCCGGCCGCCGAUAAGGCGCCCCAGGCUUAAGUAGUUCUUGAACUCACACCUCCAAACUGUUCGAUCACAUAUGCACCACGAGUGAACCGAUGCACUUGGUGUAGCGUUUGUCAUGGGUGUUUGAGAUGUGCGUCAGCUCUCUCUGCUUGAAUAAUGUGCAUACAAUGGCAGAAUUGGAAUGAUACUAUGCUUGACUGCUUAGAAAUUUCAGUAACUUUGCGUGCUUCCCGCGUCA